AUGAACGAUUUGGUUCAUGAGCUUGCAAGAUUAGUUGCGGAUGAAGAAGUUGUUUCCAUUGAUGCUAACAGUCAACAAAAUGUUACUGGUAAUACAGACAAUAAUUGUCGAUACAUGUUGAUCUCGAACUUACGUGACUCAUCGCGGCCAGAUUAUUUGUCUACACCUAGCACAGCAAGGGCUCUUCAUUUUAAUAAGUGCAGCAUUGGUCAGUCUAGUUUAAUUUCUUUGAUGAGAGCUGAAUUCUUACGUGUGCUGGAUUUGAGUGCAUGUACUAUUUCCAGUCUACCUGAUUCUAUCGGCAACUUGAGACUGCUGAAGUUCUUGAAUAUAUCUGGAAUGCAAACUGGCCAGCUGCCGGAGUCCCUGAGCUCAUUGCAUGGUUUACAAGCAUUGAACCUUUCUGAAAAUACUUUCCUUGUUGAACUUCCCAGUUACAUUUCUGAAUUUGUCAACCUACAAUAUUUGGACCUACAUGGCUGCUCAAAUCUUAAAGAGCUGCCACAUGGCAUUCAUAAACUCAAAGAGCUACUACACCUGAACGUAUCAAGAUGUGGUAGCCUACAAUCGCUGCCUGAAGAGUUUGGGGAGCUUCGGAAACUUGCAUUCCUCGACCUUUCACAUUGUUCUCAGCUUCAAACGCUGCCUCAAUAUUUUGGUGGCCUUCGGAGUCUUUCGUUUCUCAAUCUAUUGCAUUGUUCCGAACUUCAUGGGCUGCCAGAUUCUUUCAAUUGCCUUACAAAUAUGAUACAUCUAAAUAUGUCCUUCUGCCACCAGUUGAAAGAACUGCCUAGUGGGUUAUUUAAGCGCAUGAAGAAGCUUCUAGUCUUGAAUUUGUCUGGCUGUACCUCUCUUGAAGUUCUUCCUGAAGUUUGUGAGAAUGAUGCUAGCUGUCAGAUGUUGGAGAUUCUGGACUUAUCAGAUUGUACUAAUCUGGCUGCCCUUCCGGAUACCUGUACUAGUCUUUUUGAGCUCCGGUGUUUAAAUCUAUCAGGUUGUUCUCGAAUUCAGAACUUUCUAAAUUUGAUUCCGCACUGGAAAUUAGGUAAUAAGUUGGAGUACCUAAAUCUCACUGGGGUGGGUGCAAAAGCAUAUUCUGAAGCUCCCGGAACCUCUGCGGGAAAUGCAGAGAGUUCAGAAGAUCACAAUAAACAACUACAGCUAUGUAUGCUGCACGAGCAUAUCAUCACCCAACAUUUGGUUCAUCUUAGGUACCUGUCAGUUGGAGGGUUCACACUCUUCUCGGAGCAAGGCAUUGCAAGAUUAGUAGACCUUCUAACCUUGCCCAAUUUUGAUGUACGGACACAACCCGGUGACAACCACAGCAAUAUUAUGCUUCUCCAGCACAUCCUGGAUCUCACACAACAUCAGCUAAACAUCAAAUGCCUUGAGAAUGUGGUUUCACCAGAGGAAGCAAAGCAAGUGGAACUGAGCAGGAAGCAACAACUUCAUUUCUUGAGUCUUGAAUGGUGCUAUACAGGAUCUUCUAUUGAGGGUGAGCAUCGAGCUCAGGCCAAGGCAGUGCUGGAACAUUUGAGGCCCCAUCAAAAUUUAAGGCGCCUCUCUAUAAAAGGCUACAAUGGUGACGGAUUUCCCAAAUGGAUUAAUGAGAUAAGUGAUACACUUCCGUAUCUGGUGAAAAUUGUAUUCUCCGAACUCAAUGGAUGUGAUCAUAUUCCUACACUGGAACAUUUACCAAAUCUACAGGAACUGGAAAUUAAUAAUAUGCCCCUGCUUCAUCAUGUGGAAAUUGUAUCAUGCAAGAAGCUAAGAAAAUUGACAUUGGUUAGACUGCGAGUCAACGCCACUAUACAUAUAUUUUAUGAUGACAACACACAAGCACAAGUCAAUGAGGUGGGAUUAAUUCAUAACCGUGAUGAGGAAGAGAUAGAAACAGGAAAGGAGAUUGACAAAUUACCCCCUUCUCUUCCUGUAGGUAAACCAGUGAAAAGAAAGUGUAAGGGUUUUCUGAAACUGAAAGCUCUAUGGCAUGGCAUGCCGAGAGAAAUAAAGAGAACGCAGGACAUUGGUUCUGGAAAUGGCUCAUCGGCAGUUACAAGCAGGCCGGCACUACCCCCAGGCCCAUCUAAUGAAGAAAGAAGAGAACAACUAGCAGUCCCUGUGCUUGAUUAUUUGAAAAUAGAAAGCUGCAAGCAACUAAAACUCUUUCCAUAUGUCCCACUGUGUAAAGAGUACUUCAUCAAGGGUAGCAGCCCCAGCCUUGGUCUAGAUGUGCAUGGUAUGUUGCAUUGGACUCCCACACUCAAAUCAAAAAUUUGUAUUAAUGGGUGUUCGCUAGAUGACGUUGAGCAAUGGAUGGAAGUUACAGAGAACAACAUGGAUGAACUAAUUAUCAUUGGCAUGCUGGAUUCUUCUGACGAGGAAAUGGAGUUCUCUCGGAGAAGGUACGGACGAGGGUUCCAUAACGAGGAAAUGGAGUUCCCUUGGGGAAGGUACGGACGGGGGUUCCAUUUCAACAAGCAAAUGGAGGAACAUGGGUCUCUUUCCAGAAGGUAUGGGUAUGGACAGGAGUUCCGUUCCAGGACGUGCAAAUGGGAGUCUGGUUCUGGAACCCUUCGGAAACUCAAGAUAACAGACUGCAAAAGUAGUCUUAUUCGUCGGCUGUUGCUUCUGUUCACAUCUAUACAGGAGCUAGAAUUGGAUGGCUUUAACACCAUUGAUAAUGACUUGGAGUCAACUCUGUGCAAAAUGACCAAAUUCGAAAAACUGACUAUACCGUCUCUUGAAUUUCCACCAGAAGAAGAAACAAACAACAUUAUUCAAAAACUUUCCGUUCAUCAUAUUCCAUAUGUCAAUACAAGAGAGGUGGCUCUUUUUAGCGUAAGACCAAAGCGGAGUCGGGUGUACAGGAAUCCGCUUUUAUUUUUUGACAGCUACAGGCAGCAGCUACGUUGGAAAGAAGCACUGGAGGAGGAAGAAUUAGAAACACUAGAAGAAGAGGGAGACAAUAAAGAGAAGGAAGAUCCCCUCAGGCGCUGGGUUCACCGGAAAAAAGAGAUGGAAGAGAAUGAAACACAAGGGGAAGAGCACCCCCUACACUUUGCCACUGGCUCUGCCACUAAUUGCUCCAAUAACUUCUCCCUUCUAUAUAAAUACCAUGACUACAAAAUUGAGCAGAUAACUAUCCAGAAUCUUGAGCAUGUGGAGAGAGCAGAGGAAGUAAGCGGGCAAGGCCAGUUGUCCCAAUAUCAGCAACUGCAGUCACUGAGUUUGAUGUGGUCUAGCAGCAGUUUGCCACAGGAUUCAAGCAUAGUUAAUGACUUUCUGCUUCUUGAAAAACUCCAGCCUCAUGGGACCCUAAAAACACUUCGAAUACAAGGCUAUAGGAGUCGUACAUUGUGCUCCUGGGUGAUGGAUAUAAGUUUUUCGCUUCCAAAUCUUGUGAAAGUUGAGCUGUCUGACAUGAUAUUGUGUGAGCAUAUCCCUUUAUUAGGCAAAUUAGCAAACCUGGAAGAGCUGUGCAUCUCAAAUAUGCCUUGUGUCGCCAAAGUUGAUGCUGCUAUAUAUGGAGACAAGACACCAUUAUUUAGGAAACUGAGAGAGUUUACAAUCAACAAAAUGAAUGGCCUCGAGAAGUGGGAACUUCUUCAGUACUGUGUUAAUCUGGAGCAACUGAGUAUUCAUUCCUGUAUCGACCUUACUACCUUGCCAGAUAGCAUCCGAUGCUGCCUCUUCCUCAGCAAAUUAGAGGUACUAGAAUGUUGGAAUUUUUCUGCUUUACCGGAAUGGCUUGGAGAACUUGUAUCACUGCACGAUCUGUGUGUACAUGCUGCCAAACUCGAGCGAUUGCCCCAAUCCAUUCAAGACCUCAGUGCUUUGGAGAAGCUGGUCCUUAAGAAGUGCAACUACAGACUCCGCAAACGUUGCACAUCAGGAGAGGACAAAGACAAGAUAAAACACAUUGGAAGUGUAGAUAUAACUCAGCUGUAUAUAAAAUGA